GGCUUUUCAGUUGGAGCGCAACGUUAGCCGGUGACGGGCGGUGGGCUGUAGCGAAUAUACCCGAUAUAUACCCGAUACACACAGUAACACCGUAGUAACCAGCAAAGUCAGCAGGCGUAGGCGGAUCCAAAACAGUUGCACAACUGCAUUUCGCCAGGAAAUUCGAAAAUCGCCAAUGUGCAGUACUUAAGCUUAAGCCGCCGAGUGUUUGAAAACCAUUUUCGAUGGGUUAAACGGCAGCAAAGAGCCAAGCUUAACCCUUUGGUGGUGCGGUGUGCCUGUUGUGUUUUUUUUUUUAUUUGCGGAUUUCGCGUCGUCUGGUUGCCGUUGCCGUUCCCGUGGCCGUGCCAAAAAAAAUCGAUAAUUCCGUGCUGUAUAAGUUACGGCGAAAGGUGCGCGGAUAUUCCGUUCGGGAUUUGAGUUCGGUUCGGAUGAUUUGAGGACCACAGCCAAGUGUGCGCGAAAGAGAGUGUGUGGCAGCCGAGAGAUUGUAAAUCACAAUAAAACACUUGAAGCUGCAUAUUCAAAACUCGAAACGGAGUUUUCUGCACAUAAAAUAUAAUCGUUUGUGAUCAGUCUCAGAUAUCGGAAUAUUUGGAAAUCAUGCUGUAAUACUUAAAAAACAGCUUCUCAAAACCAAAACCAAAGCCGAAGAGAGAGAGAGAGCAGGAACUCUCUCACCGCUACCGUUACUCGUUGACUACGCAUUUACAACCGAAGAGAGUGCGAGAGAACGUAAACGUGAUUGAAAUUUUUGCACAAAAGGGAUGCGCCGCUUACGCUUUGCACGAGCGAGCGGAAUUGCACGACGAAGCAGCGCGUAAAAAUAACAAACAAAAAUACAUGCGGAGGCGUAUAAAUAGAAACGCCGUGUAAAGCGCAACGGCACAAAAGUCGGUAGUAUGUAGUAAUAGUAGCGCGAACAGAAGGCGAAGGAGAAGCACAAGCACGAGCAGAAACACAAGGUGGUGUAGAGGAAUAACGAAUUCGACGUCGACUGCGGCGCCGACUGCGACUGCGGCGUCGUAGUAAGUUUGCCUUGUGUGUGUGUGCGCUGCGUGGGUGCAUCGUUGUCGUUGUGUGCGUGUGGCAUGUGAAACGAAUAACAGCCAAAGCAGAAAAUCAUGAUAAAGUUUGUCAGACAGAAAAAUCGCGAAAAUACACUGAGGGAAUCGAAAAAUUUUAUGCGUAAAAAGCGUGAAUCGAAUGACUCUGGCACCGAAUCUGAUGGUGAACUCCUCGAUGUGGAAAACCAACGUCACUUAGACGUGGAUAUGGAAACUAGUGUUGCUGGCCAAAAACCAAUAGCUUCUGCAAUGAUGUGUCACCAGCAGACGUCGUCAUCCUGCGCCCAUCUCAUGUACGACCAGCACAGUUCCGAGGAGGAGUUGGAGGUGAUCAAUGGGCCGUCCUCGCAGGCGGGUCAGCAUCCCGGUACGGCGGCCACGGGCUCAUCGUGUGCCUCCCGGAUCUCGAAUCGCGGAUGCACCUCCUCGCUGGACACGGAGGCGCCCUACGAGGAGCGGGCCACCACCUCCAACUCGAAGCGUUCCAGCUCCACGCUGAUGGUGGAGAAUCGCAAGCGAUCGCUGGCCCACAGCUCCGACGAUGAGUUGCGCAACUCGCUGGAGCCGAUAUUGACGCCCGUGAAUUUUCGCACAUCGCCGCCAUUGGAGGCAUUCAAGCCAAAUCGUAGCCAUAUGAUGUUCCGCUCCACAACGCCACUGAUAUUAUCGGAGGCCCGAUGUGGCAUCGAAAAUAUUAAAUUAUGUGAUAAUAGUGUAAACGAGGAGAAUGGUGACAACGGCGGUGGCGUCGGAGGCGGCGGCGGCGUGGCCAAUAGCAGUAAGUGCGCCAAGAUUGGUGAAGGGAAUGCCAGCGGAACGGGAGUGGCAACCGGCAACGGAAACGGAAACGGUGGCAACGAGAAUGAACCAAGUGUGAUCAAGGCGUGCAGCAGCUCGCUGAAGAUGAGCAACAGCAGCCACCACAUUUACCAGCCGCAGCCGAAGUAUAGUUUCCACUACAACAGCUCGCGGAGCAGUCCGGCCAGCACCACUGGCCUGGAUAUGGAGGUGCGUUCGGUUAGUCCGCCGGCGAAACUGUUCCACUGCGCCAUAUCGCCCAGGCGGCGACCCAGUAACAAUGCCAGUGGUACAGCAAUAUCACCAUCGUCAGCAACAUCAUCAUCAGCCGCCACAGCAACAACAACGACACACAAUGCUGCCAAUUCGAAUUCCGCCGGAAAUGCCGCCAAUGUCACCGCCGUCGCCACCCAGAGACUGCAGCGACCGCAUCGGCCGUGUUUAGAUUUUGAUAAGAUGCAGCAGGUUAGUCUCUAAUGCAGAGCACGCUAACACCAGAGCAGCAGCCGGAAAAGGAUCGUCGCAUUCGGACGGGGAGCAGGAUGGUCAACGGAACGGGGGGCAAAUCAAAGACUUUUUAUACGAACCAACAACCACAACAGCAGGCCGCUGAAACUGAAACAGCAUGCGGAGGAUAACCAGAGAUAUAAGGGGCUGGUAAAACACCCAGAUUCUGGUAGCAGUUUUAACGAUUGAUUCAGUUUCGAGGAUAAACAGCAGCGGGAAAUAUCAUCAAAUCAAAUUAUAUAAAUCUAAAGGUAAUUCAAAUUUUAACGCAAACCAUAAACACAAAGAGACAAACCUAAAAUUUACAAUAGAUGCAGCUAUUUUUUCACAAUUUUAAACUGAAAAACUGUAACAAAAACUGUAAUGAACACAGGAACACGGAUCGAAAGUUGAGUAGGAUGAACAAUAGGAUUAUAGAAGCUCCGGGGUGUAAAGAUCGAAAGUUGAUGCUAAAGUGAAUAAAGCGGGGGGUGUAGAGAGGGAAAAUCAUAUGCUAGCCGUAUGAUAGAAAAGGAUCACAAGAGUUGAUUAAAAAUAAGUAUAAGGUAAAGCUCUGGGUGUAAUGAAUUAGAUGAUAAAAAGCCAGCCAGUGGAAACUGUGAACUGUAAAUAUUGUAUUUGUGUGGUAAAAACCAAAAAACUUUUGAAGAAUUGGCAUGCCAUCGAUAAGCAGAGAAUGCGAAAUGUGGAUGUAGAAUGUAUUUUAAUUUUUUUAAAAGCCGACGAUAAACACUUGUGGUGAUGUGGCAGAAGACUCAAACUCGAAAAAAAGAGACAAAUUAUAUUUCUAUAAAACGAAGGAAAGCUGAGAAAAGCGGAAGCGGCUAGGGGAAAGCGGGAAAUUUGGGAAAUUGGAAAGUAUGAACGAUGAAAUAGCAAACAGCAAACAAUGUGAAGCAACAAUAGCAACUGAAAUAAUAUGAUAUAAACAACAGACAAACAGAACCUUUUGUAUGAGAAACGAGGGAGCCGGAAAACGAAACGAAACGAAACUGUCGCAGCGACAGUUGAAAAUCAGUAAAAUUAUGUGUUUAAUGUACAACAUAAAAUAGCAAGCUAUUUUAUACACAAUAUUCAAUUUAUCCACAUUUAAGAGAAACGAUUAACGAAACCAAAAAGCUGCCAUCAACACUCAUGCAUACGAUUAAAGCUCUUUAGUUUCACCAAUAUUGAUUGUUGAUUGCUUGGUGGACAGCUAUUAAGCGCAACAACUAAACAACAAUUGGCAAAUGUUUGCAGGCUCAUAUGUGUAUUAGUAAAGCAUAAUUACUACCCUACUUUGUCGCGUAUAUGAAGAAUUUAAAAAAACAAAAAAAAGUUCACAGCAAGUAAACCCCAUAUUCAAUUCAAGGAAAAACCAAAUGAAACGCAAAAACUAACAAACAAAAACUGAAAAGUAAAAACUAAAACCCAGUAAUGUGUGCAACCAUAGCAAAGCGAAAGUAAAAACGAAACAUACUUUUUUAAGUACCAUAUAUAUGUAAAAGCAAACAAUGAGCGAAAUAUUCAACGUAAUGCUAAUUUUAAAUCAUAUUUACUAACGAACGGCAGGCUAAAUUUCAGUUAACUCAAAGUUGAGUAUUCAAUGGAAUCGCAAUGUUUCGUAUGCUAAUUUUCUCAAUAACCAAACCAUCUCAUGCCCACUAAAAACGUUUCACACAACACCCCACAAUCACAAUCAACACUUAAGACACUCGACACAUUGAACCUACCAAAACAGCAUAAUCCACACCACCAAGACACCAAGAAUCUAAUGUAAUAAUAAUGCGGGGACUCGAAGCUGGAGGAGUUAGGAUCAGGCUGGGAGAUGCGAAGUGCAGAUAUGAUAUACUGAUACUAGGAGUGCAGUUUUCGUAAUUUUUAAUUAAUUAAUUAAAGAAACAAGCAGGCGAGGAUGAACAGAUAACAGAUGAUCAGAAGAACAGAAUUAUAUUAUAUAUGUGUAACAAAAUGGGAGAAUCGGAGGAUAUCAUGGACUGAGCGUACAUUAAAGCGUGGAAAAGAUAGGAAGCUGGUGAAGCAACCAAUACUAGGAUUUUAGUUUAUAAGCUCUAAAGCGAUGGUAAGAAAGGAAAUUACAGUGAGAGAAUAGAACGGGCUAACAAAUACGGAAAGCACACACAAAAAAUCUAUGAAAUGUAUGGCUGCGGGGCGUUUAUGUUGAAUAUUUUUGAGAAACAAAACAAAAACAAUUCAAAAAAAAGAAAAAAAAGCGAAAAAAAAAACCAAUUAUGUUGUAAACAAAAAAUACAAAGAUUUCAUUGCGUUUUGGGCCCCGCUGACAGGCGCCCAAACACUUGUGUUGUACAUAGUUACAUUAUUAAUAACAAUAUAUAUACUUACUCAUUAACAAUUAAGUCGACGAACGGUACAAGUGCAAAAAAUGAGAGACAAAUGUGUGAAAAAACAAAAACAUUUGAGAAAGAAAAAACGAAUUAAAUGAAGAUGACAAGAUGAAAACAUGGAAAAUAAUAAAGAAAUGCUCUGCAAUAGAAAAGUU